GACGCGUUGGCGUUUCUCUCAAGUCGUAUUCGGUCGCGACGCACGUUAACGUAGAAAGACGAGUAGGUGUACCAGCGACUACUUUUCUGGGUUCUAGAUAUAUUCCUUUUGUGGUGACCGAACCAGAGACAGGGUCAGCCAGAGAGUGCCGUAAGAGAGAGGGAGAGAUACGGAGACAGAAAGGCCUAUGGACGAGGAGCUUGAGUUGGAACACGAUAUGGAUGGAUUGAACAGGUUCAUGACGCCGGAGAUGGAUCGCAGGUGAGAAGCCGAACGGGGGAGGGCCAGCUCUUCGUACUGCUCAAAAGGCGCGUUUCAUCUGCUCGUAAGCGGUUUUCUUCUCUCUUUUAGUGGGAAAGUGUUGCUGAGCAACCCGACGCAGGGCAUGGCUCCAAAUGGUCCUUCAAGUGUUUGACAAUUGAACCACAACUUUACUUUCUUGGAAGAUGGAUCUUAAGCUGAGAAAACCCCCAGAAUCAUCAUCACUAUCUUCCUCCUCGAGAAACCUCAAGCCAGACAUGCCGUUCGUCCAAUUUGAUUCUGCAAGUUUGGACCAUGGCGUUCCACGGGAUCAAUCCUUCUCUGAAGUGUUUCCACAGUUUGUCAACCAAUCUCGUGGUGUUUAUGUUCCAGAGACAGUGACAAAAAACGAUCUGGUCAUCGAUUGGAACCCUAGACUUAUGCUGAUCAAUCUCUCAUUCCUCGAACAAAAGAUACACCAAGUGCAGGACGUUGUGCGUUCGAUAAUCAGUCAGGAAGGUCAUGCGUUUGAUAGAGGUAAUGAGUUGGCAGUGCAACAACAGCUUGUCACAGCAGAUCUAACUUACAUUAUAAUUCAGUUGAUCUCUACGGCUGGCACUCUUCUUCCCAACAUUAAAAAUGCACUUCUUUCGACUGAUCCUGCUGUCGAUCGGCCGGAUAGUGGCAUGGGCAUGAACACUAACCUGUCCUCAGGAGGUGGUCAGAAACUGAAUGAGAUCUUGCCUCAAGAGGUUGCUAAAUCUUGCGAGUAUGAUGAGUUGAUAAAAGACUUUAAUGCUUGUGUUGGUGAAGGAGGUGAGCUGAUCAAAGGCUUGAAUCAUGCUGGAGAUGAAUUAUCAGAGUCUAUGCCGAUCGACGACCAUGAUGUGAAGGACUAUGAUGAUGUUAUGGACGGAGAGAACCUUCCCCCUGGUUCAUAUGAGGUACUGCAACUGGAGAAAGAGGAGAUUUUGGCACCACAUACCCAUUUCUGUAUGAUAUGUGGAAAGGGGUUCAAGAGGGAUGCAAACCUGAGGAUGCAUAUGAGAGGGCACGGUGACGAGUACAAGACUCCAGCUGCUCUCGCUAAGCCAAGCAAGGAGGCAAGUUCAGUACCAUCAAUAAUCAGGAGAUAUUCAUGUCCUUUUGUUGGUUGUAAGAGGAACAAGGAGCACAAGAAGUUCCAGCCUCUCAAGACUAUCCUCUGCGUGAAGAACCACUACAAGAGAAGCCACUGCGACAAGAGUUACACCUGCAGUCGAUGCAAAACUAAGAAAUUUUCUGUCAUUGCGGACCUGAAAACACAUGAGAAGCACUGUGGCAGAGACAAGUGGAACUGCUCUUGUGGCACUACUUUUUCAAGGAAGGAUAAAUUGUUUGGGCAUGUUGCUCUCUUCCAAGGUCACACACCUACCAUUCCCAUAGACGAUGCAAAAGUCUCAGGAACACCAGAUACAGCUCAGAGCAGCGAAGCAACAAAUGGAAUGGUGGGGAAUGUGGGCUUCAAUUUUUCUGGGAACAGCCCGAAUGAUGGUCAGAGCCUCGAUAUAAAAAGUGCUGCUUAUAGCCAGGGUUACUUCUCACCCAUGAAUUUUGACGCAUGCAACUUCAGUGGUCUUGACGAAUUCCCUCGUUCAGUAUAUGAAGUUUCUGAAAGCCCUUUCUCCUUCCUUUCGACUGGUUCUUGCAGCUUCAUGCAAAGAAAUGGAGAAAAUUAGUUCCAGUUGGGACGGACAGAUGAAUGAUAUAGAACGAAGCCUCUAUAUAUCUAGUUUGAUAAGCUGUUAUGAUGUAUGGUUGAAGUGGAUUGCUCAGUAUCAGCAUGUAGGGUGGAUGGUGAAAAGGGUUACCCUAUUUGAUGUACUGAUCCUUUGUGGCUGGAACUUUGAACUUUGAACUUUGAUUUUAUUA